CAAGACAGAAAAGAAGCGGGUCUGCAUGUAGAUCAUACAAUAUUGUAUUGAUUUGGUACUACUUAUGUGGGGUUCUUAGGUCGAACUCUGUUGGAGUAAUACUUCAACGUCGAGAAAUGAUGUCUCGGAUCCCUUCAAAUACAUGUGGUAUUGUAUACGGAUCUUUAACUGCAUCUGGAUCUGCAUACGGGCAUAUUCGUUACUAUGGUGCUGUGACACCGAUGUCAUGUGACUGUGCCAAGAAACUAAUCCUUGACUGCCUCCUACCCAUGAUACCAGGGUUCGGACCCGUAUAUUCACUGGCACGUAAAGCGUAUGCAUUAUCACAAGCAAUUGCCAAUACGAAACGAAAACGGCGUGAUCUUUACGACAACACAAAUAAUUUACUCAAGCCUGACUACCCCUUAGUGCAAGCAAAUAUAAGACGUCGAAAACGUGGGGUGGACAAGGUAGUUGAUGCCGCUUUGUCGUUUAAUCCAAAAUAUGAAUGUGCCAAAGCAAUCGCAGAAGCAGCUGGUGACAAUGCAGCAGGGGAAAGCAAAGCAAACAGUGCUCUAAAGAUUGGUGGUAGUUGCUUACCGGGUCCUUUGGGACCGAUAGUAAACUGUUUAUAUAUCGCCUUGGUGGAGUGUCCAAAAUUAAAUGCUGCCGGGGCUAGAAGAAGAGCGGAUCGUAAACGGCGUUCAACAAUACAGGAUGUGUAUACCAAUAUGGCGACUGUAAAUUCCAUAGUUUACGACAUGUAUCAACUGUCCUAUCAUAUGUAUGGAAAUGAACAAAUGUUCAACCUUGGCCUAGGGCUAUGGUAUCUCGAGUUUGAAAUGAGCAUAUCUGACACCAGCGACCUAGGAACAUCUUUAUCAUUAAACGAAUCA